CCAAGACUCACUCACCACCUGCGUGAAUUGCCGGCAGAAUAUUUUCAUGUGCGAUAAUGCGACAACUCACGGAGUAUGGCACAAGGACUCGCGUUUUGUGAUCGCUACCCCAAGAACACAUAUCAUCUACGAUACAGCGACCAAGCCUCAUACCAAUCAUGACGUGAGCGAAUACUGAUUCUCGCCUGGCAAAUAUGCCUUCCGCAACCCUUCCACCGAGUUCUCUAGCCUCCAUACCUCCCUCAGCGAUGCCAUUGAUCUCACCCAAUGCCCUCCUCCACGCGCAUUUGAAACAGAAUCCUCCCAAACGUCCCUCAAAUCGGGCACCUUCAGAACCUCGACCUGUUCAGCUCAAUGUAGGCUCACUCGCCCAUUGCAAUGGAUCCUCUUUAAUCAAGAUCGGAGUCACAACAAUCGUAUGUGGUGUGAGGGCCGAGAUCCUUCCAGUCAGUGAAAUUCCCAAUUUCAGAGUAACGAAAACAUCCUCGUCAUACACCCCAUCGGCUUCAGCGGUACAAGACGGUCACUUUCAAGACAAAGGUCAAGAGGAGGAAUACUCUGCUAUUCGACUUUACAAUCUUGUGGUGCCAAACAUUGAAUUGGGUACUGGUUGCUCGCCGAAGCAUCCCGCUAAUGCUCCUCCUUCUGUGGAGGCUCAGUCCAUAUCACAACGUCUGCUGUCGACAAUGUACUCCUCGAAACUAGUCAGAACGACUGAUCUUGAGAUCUUAUACACUCCACCUACCGAAACCCAAGAUAUUGAACUCGGAAUAACUGGCGAUCCGCAGUUGAAAGCCUACUGGACGUUGUACAUCGAUAUGAUGUGCAUCAGUCAUGGCGGUUCUAUUUUCGAUGCAGCAUGGCUAGCGAUGCAUGCAGCUCUCAAGGAUGUUAAACUCCCCAAAGCGUGGUGGGACCCCGAUUGGGAACGGAUUCUGUGUUCGGCAGAUAUUGGAGAUGCACGUAGGCUGAAUUUGAGAGGCAUGCCAGUAUCGAGUAGCUUCGGAGUGUUUCUUCCAGAAGAGCGAUUAUUGAACGCGAACGACACUGACGAUGAGCACUGGAUUCUUAUGGAUAUGGACAGUUUCGAGGAGGAAGCUUGUGAGGAAACUGGAGCCGUCAUCGUAGAUGCUAGUGGGAAAGGAAAGGCACUGUCGAUAGUGCGUAUUGAGAAGAAUGGAGGUUCCGCCAUUAAUGUUGAACAUCUCACCAAAAUCGUUGGGUUUGCUGAAAGAAGAUGGAACCAAUGGAAAGAUGUCCUAGAUAGUACCCUGGUUGACACAUGAGCAGGAGCUCUCUACACUUUUAUGCUUCGAUGGCAGUAAUGACGAAACAAGUUUUCGAGAUGAUGGCCAUGGAUCUACGACAUGCUAAAGGAGUGGCUGCAUGAGGAAGCAUCACCAACAAGGCCACAUAUCACGACCGCGAUGUCGGCUGAAACUUUGAUGAACGCUGGACGAUGCAUUCCACGAAGCGACCAAAUUUAUCAAUGGUGCUGCCAUUGCCGUUGCCGUCGCCAUCUGAUGCAACGAUAGAGCCUCCUAGCAUUCAAGGACGAUGACCGUCAGCGAUGCCCAAGACAAUGACCUUUCAUGGCUGACUGUUGCGCCUGCUUGUGAGUCUUCAAUCCGAUAGCAAUAGGGGGUUGGCAUUCUCCUGUUAUGUCGGUGACAUCUGUGGUUGAAGUACGACCACAUACCAAUACCAGUGUUUACGAACUAUGCAAUACGUUUGACCAUCUGUGUAUAAUAGGCCACAACAACAUCCUGGACAGGAGUGGUCUAUUCAUUUCUACCUGGGCUUCAUUAUUCAUCUGGACGCUCUUCAAAUCCAAGCAGACCAUGCUGUGAGUUUUGGACUUGUUCGCCCUUUGUACAAUACGACAAUGAGAAUGGCAUCUACAACCGACUACCCUCAGCCCUUGCAACCGCAGCACCUCCGAUUUCUGCCUGGUCAGCAUUCCAAAGCCAUUCCUUAAUUGACUUGAACAGGACGUGGGAGAAUGCUGGAGGGACUGCGUUUCCAAUCUGCUUCCUCCACCGCGUCACAGCCCUGCCAUGCAAUUGGAACGUCGGUGGAAAGGUCUGUAAGGCGGCUAACUCGGUCACAGUGUAUUUGCGCCACCCGUCUGGGUGGUAGUUAUUGCUUCCGCCAUUCGUCGUCACAGUACCAGCAAGUCCAUUCCAAGGCAAGGGACGCUUUCGUGCUGGAAAGUCAUUCACAGGACCCAAGUGCUGGUCAGGCGGCAACGUGAUGUUUCCAAUAGCCCCAUAAAUGC